CCAGUUUCCUUAAUUAAUUAAUAGCAUGAUCAAACAUUAACAUACACGUGGUUUUGUCCACGCAUACUGCUAAUAGCACCAUACACACCAAAACAACCAAGAAAAAUCAGUUUGAAGAAUUUUAAAUUUGUUGCAGAGAGACAAUAUGAAAGUGGAAGUUGAGGUAGUAUCUAAUGAGAUUAUCAAGCCCUCAUCUCCAACCCCUAAUCAUUUUCGCCAUUAUCAACUAUCUUUUCUUGAUCAAUUAUCUGCCAAAAGAUACAAUCCUUUCGUUUUCUUCUAUGAAAUAGAAGAUCAUGAGUCGAAGAUCAACGAAAUAUCAAACAAGAUUAAGAACUCUUUAUCUGAGGUCUUAACUCUUUAUUACCCUCUAGCCGGGCGAGUCAAGAACGACCGAUUCGUUGACUGUAAUGACAAGGGAGUUUUAUACUCAGUAGCCCGAGUCAAAUGUCCGUGCCAUCUUUCCCAAGCCAUAAAGUAUCCCCUCCCGAGUGAACUUAGCAACUUCCUUCCAUUCCAAAUCAAUGAACUCACUGAAUUUUCCAUUGGUGUCCAACUCAAUGUCUUCGAAAGUGGUGGAAUCGCUCUUGGCUUAUGCACUUCACAUCAGAUAGCCGAUGCUCUGUCUUCCAUUAUGUUCAUCAAAACUUUGGUCGCCAUCGCUCGUAGAGAAGCCGAUCAUAUAUCGCAUCCCGAAUUCGUUUCGGCUAUGCUUUUUCCACCGUUGCAUGAUCUCGAGUUUGAUCCAAAUAGGGGAACCUCGCCCGAGGUCAUAUCGAAGAGGUUUGUGUUUGAAAGCUCUACGAUAGAGGCGAUUAGGUCAAAGUACGAGAAAAAAACAUGCUUGGAGGGUAAGAGACGACCGUCUCGAGUUGAGGCCUUAUCUGCUUUCAUAUGGAGUCGUUUCGUGGCGGCAACCAGUUGCGACGACGACGAAAAUUCUGACAAAACUAAGAAAGUUUACGCGGUGAUUCAUGCUGUGAAUCUUCGUCCGAAGUUAGAUCCUCCACUACCGGAACAUUCUUUCGGGAAUAUUUAUCGGCACAGCUACGCUUAUUUCCCUUCUACGAUGUUAAGUUCUUAUGAGAAAGAUGACUACGGUUAUGUGGCGAUGAAGGAGAUAAGAGCAGGGUUAGAAAAAAUGGACAUGGAUUAUGUGAGAAAGGUUCAAGAAGGAGACGAUGUGAAAACAAAACUCUUCAACAAAUACAUAGAAGAAUUAUCGAUGAAUGGACAGUUGAUCUCGUUUGGUUUCACAAGUUUAUGUAGGUUUCCUCUUUAUGAUGCUGACUUUGGUUGGGGGAAGCCAACUUGGGUGGGCUCGGCCUCUUUGGAUUAUGACAAUCUUGCGGCUUUCGUGGACACUAAAACGGGGAAUGGAAUCGAAGCAUAUGUUUCAAUGAAGGAAGAGAGCAUGGCGAAGCUUGAAGACGACAUGGAGUUCCUCAAAGCCGUUUCUCGGCCACUUUGACUAUUCUAAAAUUAAUUAUUAGGGAAUGUGAUGAAAGAUGAAACUACUACGUGGUAUGAUUAAUGAGUUACCGUUUUGGAUGAAAAAAUGGUUUGCAAUUGUUUUUUUUUUAUCAGCAUAAUCCACCUUUUAUAAUUAUAAAUAAAUGAAGAUCUUUGUGUUAA